GAAAUAUAAAUACGGAAGUUGGAGCUGGACUGAUGCAAAGUUUCUGAUAAUAAAGAAAAAAUAAGUAAAUAAAAGGCUGGCUGCUGUUGCUAAAGCCUAAAGCCUAAAGCCUAAAGCCGGCGUGUGUGAUUGAGAAGACCCUCUUUAUCACCCGGUCGCUUAACCCUAAUCGCCUUGGAGCCACGGCAGCACCACCCGUAAACCUCACGCCGGCUUAAGCUUAAUUAGGUUAUUUAUCUUCGUGUGUCGACGAUUCUUUCGGUCAUUAUUAGAUUACGUUAAGAGAUGAUUUUGUUUUUCACGAAGAUCAAGAAUUACGAUCGUCAGAGCACACAAUACUUUUCGUUUUCUUUCGGUCGUUCUCCAUGCGAGGGGAGGUCAACGGAGAACUAUGGUUUCCUCAACACCCCGCUUUCAGGAAGAAGAUGAUUAUUUUUCUUUCUCCUCUAGAAAGAGGUUGAAGAUUUCAGAUUUUCAGCGCCAAGAACAACAAGAUGCAUAUAUCUCCACUGGUAACUGUGAUGACCACACAUUCACGGUGAUGAGUAGUGCAGAAGAAUGCUCAUUCGAUGGUUCUAGUUCCAUACCAGAGAUGAGUUGCAAGUCCAAUGGAAAUAGUGAAGGUAUGCCUAAUACUGGCGGAGCUUCAUACGGGGGAGAGAAUUGUUCUGGCCACUCACCACCUGCUUUUGUUAGUGGAUGGAUGUACCUUAAUGAAAAUGGACAAAUGUGUGGCCCUUACAUACAGCAACAGCUUUACGAGGGAUUAUCUACUGGUUUCCUGCCUGAGGAUCUUCCUGUGUAUCCCAUUGCAAAUGGGAUAUUGAUCAAUCCCGUUCCUCUCAACUACUUCAAGCAGUUUCCUGAUCAUGUUUCCACUGGUUUUACAUAUCUUUGUUUGGGUACUUCAGGCACAACUAUGCCUGCAAAUCACCCUACAGAUUUGGCAGCACAUAGGCAAGAAGGCGUUCAGUAUGCUGCUCCAGUCUCUGCUCAUCCAGAUAUAGAAUCCAUAUCUGAUUCCCGUGUUCGUAACCAUACUUACAGCUCCAACCAACCGAUCUCCAACUCUGAAGCAGCCGACUAUGUCACACCAGUUUCACUUGUGUCAGGUGAAGAUUCCUGUUGGCUAUUCAAGGACGAUGAUGGGAGGAAGCAUGGGCCACAUUCUCUUCUGGAGCUUUAUUCUUGGUAUCAGUACGGGUAUCUUAAAGAUUCAUUAAUGAUAUAUCAUGCUCAGAAUAAGUUUAGACCCCUUCCUCUGCUAUCUAUUAUGAAUGCUUGGAGAUUGGAUAAACCUGAAUCUUUCUCCAUGACCGAUGCCACCACUGAAACUGGCUCAUCUCAAAGUUUCAUAUCUGUAAUAUCUGAAGAAGUUUCCAGUCAAUUGCACUCCGGAAUAUUGAAAGCUGCUCGUAGAUUUGCAUUAGAUGAGAUAAUCUGCAAUGUCAUUUCAGAGUUUGUUCGCACAAAGAGAGCAGAGAGAUAUCUUAUGCUUGAUAAUCAGGCUGCCAAAACUUGUUCUGUGGACGGUAAAAUGUCUCAAUCUGCCAGUGAGAGGAUGAUUUUUUCUACUCCUGAGUGUGAUGCUGCUGCUUGCAAUUAUAUCUCUGAUCAGACAUGUGCUGAUGAGUUGUCCGUGCAAUUACCCAGAAGUACAAAAUCUGUUGGAAAUGCUGAUGAUUUCUGGGGGUCUUACGCUGUUAUUUGUAGAUGUCUUUCUGAUUAUUGCAUGGAAGUCAUGUGGAAUGCUGUCUUUUAUGAUACCAUAGCAGAGUAUACAAUUUCCUGGAGAAAGAGCAAACUUUGGUUCCAUCAUCCAUAUUUGUGCAUGAAGAUUGAAGAAUUACCCAGUGAAACUUAUUUUUCUGGCCAAGAAUCUCCUGCUAGCAGUGUCGACUGCCCUCCUGGUUUUGAGCUUCUCAAAACUAAAUCAGAUCAUACUGUGCCAUCAUCUAUUACAUCUUCAUGUGCACAUGUGGGGCAGGAGCCUUGCGAACAGAAUAGCCUAUCGUUUAAAGAUUGUCCAGAUGAUGACAUGAAAUGCAUCUUAGAAAGCGUAGCAUAUGAGCUGCAUAAGUCCACAAAGGUGUCUUUGUUAGAGUAUGUUGAAAUUCUUGUGAAAGAGAAAGUGAAGAAAUUAGUUAAUUUUUCAGAGGAUAAGAGAUUAAAUGAGGAAAUUGUUGACUUUUCUAUUCCAUCCAGCCAGGCAAGUGAGUAUGGUUCUAUAAAAAUGAAAGAUGAGAAGAUGAUUGAUUCAAACCAAAUUCCUGCUGAGAUAAUGUUUUCCAGUAACCCUCAGAGCUCACUACAAGUGCAAAAAUCUUUUUUUCCAUUUCAAUCUGAGAAUGAAAUAUCCAAUUUUCUGGCAAUUGCUUUUAAAAGAUUACGUCCAUCUGUUGUCAAUGCAAUUGAUGAUGAAAACAUUGACGGGUCACCACCACCUGGAUUCAAAGAUACUGCUCUAUUCCCUUCCGCUAUAAAUAAAUUCCGACCUUCAAAAUCACUCGAAUUGACUCCCAAGGUUGGGGCCUAUGUCACCAUUGCAAUGUGCAUGCAGAAGCUGCAUGAUGAUGUACUUAGUGUCUGGAAAUCGAUCUUUGUCGAUGAAAUUCUUCAUCAAUCUCCUAGAUUAUGCUGCUCUUCAGAAAAGCAUACUGAACCUGGUAUCAAUGAGGAAGGAGCAUUCAAAUUCACAGAGGGGUCGAACAAAUUUCACAGCCUAGAUUCUUCAGUACUGUCAUUGGUUUCAGGUAAAUACACGUAUCAUCGGAAGAGAAAGUUGGUGGGAAAGAAGUUGGGCUCAUCUUCUCAUUCUACUACUACAGUUGAUUCUGGAUUACUGAAACAGCCUGUGGAGAAGUCAAGAAAGCAGGAUGUUCUUAGCGAUGUUUCUGAGAAUGUAGUGUUUCAACCUGUAAAGACUCCUAAGAAGAAGGGCCAGGCUUCAUCUGUUGAUGCUAAGCCUUUGAAAGCCACUAUUGCUGAAUCAUCUCUUAAUGUUGGGCCUUCAAAAGCCACUGUCAAAAGCACCUUAAAAAGGGAUCAAUCAUUGCCCAAAAAUAUUAGUCGUCGGAAAGUAAUGAAGAUUGCACAAGCAGUUAAUGAUGAUAAAGAUGCCAAAGAUUCGAUAAAGACUUCUAGGGAUAUGGUUGGGCUUAUUGAUUGCAAUGGCCGUGAUGCUGGAAUUAAGAAAUCAGGGGCUACUGAAUGUUCUAAGAAGACUCUAAACUCAACAAAGGUGUCAAAUUCAAAAAGGAAAAGCACAGUAUAUGGUGGAUCUGUGUCACACCCAAUGAAGAUUCUUAAAGUAGAAAAUGAUGCUAACAAGCAAGCAGCAACUGGACAGGUUAUGGCACGGAAGACAAAGUCUGAUCAUGUUUUCUUAUGUACAGCAACCAAGGUGUCAAAGUUGAAAAGGAAAAGCACAGUAAAUGGUGGAUCUGUGUCACAUCCUAUGAAGAUUCUUAAAGUAGAAAAUGGUGCUAAUAAGCAAACAGCAACUGGACAGUUUACAGCACGGAAGACAAAGUCCAGUAAAUCCAGGAUGUUAAUUCCCUGCCCUAGAUCUGAUGGUUGUGCACGAUCUUCAAUUAAUGGUUGGGAAUGGCAUGCAUGGUCAGUUAAAGCUAGUCCUGCUGAAAGAGCUCAUGUUAGGGGAGUGCGGUGCAUUCAUGCCAAGUAUUCAGGUUCAGAGGCAUAUGCAUCUCAGCUGUCAAAUGGCAAGGUCCUUUCUGCAAGGACUAACAGGGUGAAGCUUCGCAAUCUUCUUGCUGCUGCAGAAGGUGUUGACCUUUUGAAAGCAACACAGUUGAAGGCAAGAAAAAAGCGUUUAUGUUUCCAGCGAAGCAAGAUACAUGACUGGGGUCUUGUUGCUCUAGAGUCAAUUGAGGCUGAGGACUUUGUAAUUGAAUAUGUCGGCGAACUGAUUCGUCCACAAAUAUCUGAUAUACGUGAAAGACUUUAUGAGAAGAUGGGAAUUGGCAGCAGUUAUCUUUUUAGACUUGAUGAUGGUUACGUGGUUGAUGCCACAAAACGUGGUGGGAUUGCAAGAUUUAUAAACCAUUCUUGCGAGCCGAACUGCUACACCAAGGUUAUAAGCGUUGAAGGUCAGAAAAAAAUUUUCAUUUAUGCAAAACGUUAUAUAGCUGCUGGUGAAGAAAUUACUUACAAUUACAAAUUUCCUCUGGAGGAUAAAAAGAUACCUUGCAACUGUGGUUCUAGGAAGUGUCGUGGAUCAUUGAAUUAGGAAGUAUUCUGAGAUGCCAAUUAUGGCUGUAUUUUAGAGUUGUCUCUCACCUUGUAUGGUUGACAGGAUCAGAAUAUAGUUUGAUGCGUUUGGAAGAGCUGGGUUUGUUCAUAAACUGCUGCUUGAAAGAUUUGUUUGGUGUUCUGAUGAGAUGGGUGCAGACCAGCAGCAGUGAACAUUGGCACGGUUUAUCUUCAAUUGCUGUGAAUCUAGGCAUUGAUAAAAGCUGGACGAUGUGAUUGUGAUGAUCAUUCUAUGUUGAAUUUUCCCCCUACUCUUCGAAGAUGAAUUAAUGACCUGUGCAUUCUUGUAGAUCUCUCUCUGCUGCAGAUGAGUUUCUCCUCUUAGAAACUCCAAAUCAAUUUAUUGUUUUUGCACAUAACAUUUUUGGAGUAUUGAUUUGUGUUGUACAGACAUGCAUUAUUUCCUUAUUUAUUCAGUACAGGGAAAAACUAAUAUAUGUGAUGAAACUUAUUAAUAAAUUUAGUUUUUGAUUCUGUU